AUGGAUUAUGACCGCAAGUCGACAGUAUCCUCAUUCUAUGGAGGGAGGAAGUCUUCUAUCGAUGCCCUGAAUCAAGACUCGGCUCAACCUGGAGCUGCUCACAGAGGACGAGACGAUGGCUCCUCGUUCUUCUCACCAGAAAGGCCUUCUAUGGAUCCCCUCAAUAGCCAACGCGGAGCAUCUGCCGGAUAUAAUAGAGGGUCUUUCUUUCAUCCAGGGAGGGAAGAACCCUUAAAGGGUGGCCGAGACGAAGAAAAGGAUGUAGGUGGUGAAACAGAAGCUUGGGACGUUUACGCGGACUUCAACAAUGCCGGUCCACGGUAUAGUUCUGCUUAUGGACUUGGACAGACUCAGUCUGGCUACACUCAGCUUCCUCCCACUCCCAGUCUGCCGAAGGAUGAAUCACUGGACCAAGAAGGGAAGGUCGAAAUGAUCACAGUGCCCGCUAUGGGACCGGAAUGGGCAAAGGAUGAAAUGCGCCAGAUGACCAAGGCCGGAAAGCGUGAGCGGAAGCAGGAAUCAAGGAAAGAGUUUUGGAAGUCAUGGUCUCGAGGAGAGCGUGGCUUGUGUGGACGAUACUUCACCCGCAAAGUCCUUGUUUUCUUCCUCUUCGGUCUAUGCGCUGUGAUCGGUAUCAUCCUGGCGUUCACGAUUCCACGUGUCCCUGCUUUCGCCUUCAACGCCGGCACACCACUUGUCGCGGCUACUGGCGAUUGGUCCACAGCAGUUCCUACUAUCUUUUCCCGUGCCCCCGCGAAUUUCUCCUUCCCCGCAUUCGCUUCUCUUCAAGCUGACACCAACGCCAAUUACAUUCCUGUCAGAUUCAAGCACAUGAAGGCAAGCGUCUACGACCUGGAUACAAAUCGAUUGGUCGGGAUCGGUGACAUUGGUGCCUUCACUCUACCUGCGAAAGAAUUCCCAAAACUCCAGCUUCCUCUGAAUUUCACCUACAUCAUCUCGAAUGAUAGCGACACAACCUGGAACAAUUGGUACAACGCCUGCAAGAACAAGGGGUUAUAUGCAGACGGCAAACGAACUCCCGUGAAGUUCCGACUUGUUCUCGACAUGAGUAUCCUGGGACUUCCUUCGAGCCAUUCAACAUCUGCCCAAAUCUCCGACGCCGAUUGCCCAAUCGAACUCCCCAUGAACUCCGUUUGA